CGUGACGUAGUGACGCCAACACGAUCAGCAUCUGAUCGAGAGUUGUUCCUUCGUCAUUCUAUCUUCAUCUUAUUCUUCCAUCCUUGCAAAAGGGAGGCUGCUUGAUAGUUAUUUCAAGAGAUCAUUGAUUUGUGAAUAAGUAUCAAUCAUAAUUUGAGGUCAAGAUGGUGCUAAAAGUAUAUACGUCAGGUUCUUCUGGCAACACAAUUAUCAAAGGUCACCAGCAGAAGGUGCUGCUGACGCUGGACAGCUACAGUAUACCGUACGAGAACAUCGAUAUCACGGCGCCGGAGAACAAGGACGCGCGGAACACGAUGCUGAAGAACGCCAAGACGACCGGCAACAACAAGGUUCCCUUUUGCCCGCAGUUCUUCGAGGACGAAGAAUACAUCGGGGUGAGGUGGCGUCACUGUCUUCGCCGCGGCGGGCAGUCGUAUGUGCGUCAGAAUCGGUUUUUCUAG